AUGAUUUCUCCAGAGUCUUCUCUCUUCGGAAACCACCGAACCGGCGUUGAAAACGACUCUGACGACGCAUCCAACAACAUGUCCAAAAAGAGUCUAGUGAAUCCUUUCCACAUCGACGUUGAAGAUGAUGGAGAGUCAACGAUGUCUCCAGGCUCUCCAGUCUCUCCAUUUGCAACUUUGACAGACUCAAUGUCUUCAUCUCAGUCUUUCACUGUAUCCUCGCAAGAGGGAAGCACAUUGGAUAUAAAGCUCCACCUCGGCAUCACUUCUGACGAAUCAAGUGUCAACUAUGUCCGCAUCCCAGACUUCUUCUCUUCGAUUAUGUCUGUGAAACCCGCCAUCAACAUCAAUUAUGAACACGUGAAGAAGGAAGCCGACAGUUGGAUUGCUAAAAUUCUCCAUCUCAGUGAAGCUCAAGCUCGAAGAAACGUCCAGGCUAACUUCGCGUUCAUGAAUGCGAUGUGGGUCCCAUACGCUGAUGCGGAGGCAUACCGAACGAUGGUCGACUGGAACAACUGGGUUUUUGCCUUUGAUGACCAAUUUGAUGAGGGUCAUCUGAAAGACGACCCUAUCAAGGCCGUGGAGGAGUUGCAUGCCACCUUUGCGGUGCUUGAGGACACCCAGGCCCCAGUUCAACUGCAUGACAACUCAAUUAGGUAUGUCUUCCAGACUGUCUGGGAUCGGCUCAAGAAGAGAUCUACGAAAGAGUUGCAGAGGCGUUACAAGGCCUCAAUUAGAUACUACUUCUCGGGUCUGCUGAGUCAAGUUGGAGUUGAAACCUCCAAGUCAGCCAUGACCCUGACAGUCGAUGAGUACAUGGGAUUCCGAAGAGGGACUAUUGGAUGUCAGCCAUCUUAUGUGCUUGUUGAAUUUUGCCACGGCAUCAUUGUACCCUCAGAGGUCAUAGACGACGAGAGCUUGCAAGAGUGCAGGCGUAUCUCGGCUGAUCUAGUAAUUCUUGUCAAUGACAUCUUGUCAUAUCGCAAAGAUUUGGAACAAGGUGUACAGCACAACCUCAUCGCCUUGCUGAAGUCCCAGGGGCACUCUACCCAGGAAGCCAUUGACGAGAUCGGAGACAUGAUCGACGAAUGCUAUCGGGAUUGGUAUCUUGCUUUGUCGAAGAUGCCAAUCUGCGGAGAGAAGAUCGACCAAGAGGUCAUUCGGUACCUCAAUGGCUGCCGCGACGUCGCGCUUGGCAAUCUUCACUGGAGUUACGAGAGCGGACGGUACCUUGGCGAUGAAGGCGCUCUGGUCAGACAGACAAGAACCUUGCGGUUGCCCGAAGCCUGA